GUCGCCCAUUUAAAAUAAAUAAAUAAAUCCCAAACAGAUGCAUAUAUAUUUUUGCUUUAUUCGAUUUGUAUUUAGCUUACAAGUGAAAGCUAAUGGAAGCUGGUUGAAUUUCAGCCCAUAGUCCAGUAAAAUGAGAUGUUCCAAUUUAAUCAUUGACUUAAUGAAAAAUAAUUGUUUAUUGUGUCGCGCGGACUCUUUUAACGAUUUAUAAAAAUUCUUCAGGGAGCGAGAAAGGGAGAUGUUCGGGCCGAAAAAGAGGGGACCCAAGCCUGAGACAUUUCUUUUAAAGGCCAAAGCCAAAGAAAAGACGUAUGAGGGCCAGGGAGGGUUUGCGCACCGUGGUUCCCACAAUCUUCCCGCCCAGCGCGGUCAAUAGAGGGGAAAGUGUCCACAUUCGCCCACCAGAGUCGGAGAGAAGGCCCAGAACAACUCCAGCAGCUGCUCAGCAGUUCCCCAAAAAGAGAGGACGCAAACCCAAAAUGCACAUGCAUUAUGAUAAAGACGACGGCAGCAGCUCAGCAGAGCCGGACUCCAAACGUAGCAAGUUCACGAAGGAGCCCACGUCUCACCACAGCCGACGCCCGCAUCAUCACGGAGAGACGUCAGAUCACUGCCUCAUGCAGUUGACCAAGAGGUUUCAGGAGGAAACCACGAUAACACCCAAAUCCCACAGCGAGCAGAGACAUUUAGGGGGCGCGGGCUUCUCUUACCCAUGCGCAUUAGCUUCGGAUUUGCGCAAAAGCGAGCAGGGGAGGCACAGGACUCACUGUUUGAGCAUGAAGCGGCCUGCAGCGAACGAGAACUCUCUGCCCCGGGAACAAGCUUCACCUUCACACACCGAUUCCAUCCACGAAUCCUCCGAGCACCCAGCCUCAUCCUGGACCCCCUGUUUCGCUCACCUGGACACUGUGACCGUAACCGAUGUCACCUUGAACUUCCUGACAGUCACCGUCAGAGAGAGCAGCACGGACAAAGGCUUCUUCAAAGAUAAAAGAUGAGUAUUUCAUGUAGUUCAGAGGAGGCCAAUACCUGCCAAGGAGGUAACUGUGUAACACGCUACUAACAAACAGGCCUACUGUAAUACUAUAUUUUUUCUAUGUAACUUUCAAACGUGUACAUACCGAUAUUUAAUACGCUGCUGAUGAAAUUAAAAUCAAACUGAAGUUUAAGGAGUGUUGU